CAUAAACACCACAAACGCCUCAGCUCCGGAGCGUCACGCUCCUCUGCACGGGAGACGGUGGCGGCUGCUCGGCUCGGUUCGGAUUUUUAGGGAUAUUUUCUUUUCCCUCUGUCAGCUGAGGAACAUGUUUCAUUCGCCUCGGAUGUAAAUCAGGGAUUGAAAAUAUGGCCGAGAGCGUCGGGUUUAGAUUAGGAGCGCCUAAUUUGUCGACUAGAAAGUACCGGUUGUUCUAAUCCGGGCGACGCGGACGCGAAGUAAAAAAAACAACAACAGUUACUUCGACUAAAACAUUAGGCAGACUCGACUUGUUCUAGCUGUCAUUCGAGGUCUGUUUCUCUCAGUAGACGGUUAAAACCCCAGAAAUGGACCGAGGAGGCUGUCAGAUGAGCGGCGGAGGAGGAGGCGGCGGUAACGACGCCAUCGACCAACCCGGGAUGAUCACCCUGGAGGACCUGGAGUCCUUCUCCGAGGACCAGCUGUCAGAUUCGGGCAACGGCAGCUUGGAGGAGGAGGGAGAAACCAUGGAGGCGGAGGACGGUUCAGACCGACUGCUACGUUACUGGCAGGAAGUGGCGAGAGGCCACCAAGUUGAAGUUUCUCCAGAUAUGGCAGAACCAAUUCAGCAGCUAAGUAGCGACAACCAAGGACGUAGUCAAAGAGAGCACAUCCCAUUCACUCUUCUACUGCGAAAAGAGAAGUGUGGGGAGCAGCUCUAUGAGAAACGGCACUAUGAAAAGGGCCACUGGGCUUGCAUAACUAUGCAUGAGGACACAUACGAACAGAGCAUCUGCUACGGUUUCAUGAGAUUAAUGAGAUACAUCUGUCAGCAGAACUCCUUAGGAGACUACCUUGGUAUGACGUUGCCCAUCGUUACAAUAGUGCGGACAGAUGAGACCCACUCAGUAAUCUCCCAGGAUGUCACUGUGGCGUACUACCUUCCUAUUGAGCAUCAGGCCCAGCCGCCACAACCGUACGAUAACGAGAUCGUCAUCGAAGUCUGGCCAGCCGCUACUGUAUACACCAGGGGGUUUACUGGUCCCACCAAUGAAGUCACCAUCAUCAACCAGAUCAACUCCAUGGCGGAGCUGCUGGACUCCCCUGGCGUGUGCGUCAACGACUCGUUCAUCGUGGCCGGCUACACCAACCCGGCUCACAGCAACCGUCAGAAUGAAAUCUGGUUCCUGGAGCGACGCUGACCGGACAGAACCAUCCUACCUGUGACCCUCAAGCCUCAUGAACUCUUGACACUGCCCCAGCUAGCUCAGCUACAGCUUCAGGUUCCAGAACGUUUUAAGUCACCAUCCGUCCCCUGAAACAACCACCAGCCUAGCAUACUUCAACAGUUUUGAGUUAAAACAAACAAAAAAGAAUCUUUGCGUUUCCUUCGUUUUAGAUCGAUUUUUAUUUCGCCUGAUCUUAACCACUGACAUACACACAUCAACACAAACCAAUGCUAAACGAAGCAGUUUGUUCUCCUUUUAGCUGGAUGCGCCCUCUUUGGUAAAGUGUGAUAGUUUCAUCUGUUAGCGCUCGGUGAUCCACUGAGGUUAGGUCAGUCAAUCCACAGGAAGCAGCUCGCAGUGGACGCACAGUUUGUUCCGUAGCCAUAAUAACGCUCAGCCAUGUUGAGGCUGUUCCUCUGGAAUAAAAUAAAACACAUCUUACAGGUGAACGGGAUGCUAACCACACUUUCCCUCAACAGUAAGUGCAAUAUUUCUUAGAUGACUUAAAAGCAACAAGUUGGUUUCUGUAGGUUGGGGAGCGUGAAGCAAGUUCAAGGCCCUGAUCAGAUCCAGAAGACUUUAUCUGGACUGAAGCUAGUGGCCUAAGCUAAGCACAGAAAGAAGGUGACGUGUUUGUAAAUGAAUGUAGAGCUCCAGAGCAUCACACUUCAACAAACCAAAUGCCAACAGAUCUAUCUGCUAAAUGACAAUCAAAACCGGCACCAGAUUCUGUACAGCGUGUUUCAGCUAGUGAUCCAAGAUUAAUGCAUUCCUCCGGUUCCAAGACUUGUUUACAUACAAACUCAAGUAUUUCUAAGUACCUGUUGUGUAUUUCUGCUGGCCACUCUGUGUCGGUGUUAGAGUUCGCUAGUGCAUCGCAAACACUACUGCUGCUCAAUAGAUGAUUAAGCCACAGAAAUCCUGAGUAUAUUUGCUGUAAUUAGAAAAGCUGAUUUUAAUGUUUUUAAUCUGACGAUGUUUCUGAUGUUCUGUCUCCGAUUAAAGAAAGCGUUUCUGUUUCUGUGUCGAAAUCAAACUGGAUGUAGACCUGAUAAAUGAUCACUAUGUGAUGGUUUUUCUCCAGUAUGGAGCGUCUAUAGCUGCGUUUCUAUUAACCAUAUACAGGUUUCCCCCAGAAAACCUGAUAAGGAAGUCGUCCAGCAGCUGAAAAGUGUUUAAAGUUGGCAGGAACUUUGAAAAUAUCAUUAACACCUAAAACACCAACUUUAAAGUCUUUAAAAAAAAUACAAUUACUUUUUUUUUUUUUUGCACUUCAGCUGUUUCAUCCUAAUACAUUAUAAAUAAGCAUGUCUAUUAAGCCUGGUGAACAGCCAGGUUUACAAGACUCUUGGGGAAACUGAUAUGAUUUCACAAUUUGACGUUUCCAAAAUAAAUUUGUUUAUUGGAAACAUGCCAAUUUUGAAAAAAAACAAAUAAAAACAUUUUUUUGGUGCUAGAAUGUUGUGGCAUUUUGGCCAAAUUGAAAUUGGUUUAUUUCACAAAACUGCAAUGGAAACAUAUUUUUUUGCAUCACACAAGUCACAACCGGAUGUCGCUACAGGCACAAACCAUGAAGAGGAAGACGACAGAAAGACGUUGGUGGAUGAUGGCGUGAAAUAUUUUUUAAUUACUUAUGUAUGAUUUCAUUUCCAUUUCUUAUUUAAUAGAAACACCGCAAUUGCAAAUUUGUGUUUUGCAAUUGCGGUGCAUUAGUGGAAACGCAGCUAUUGAAAUGCAGCUGAAAACUGUUUCUGAAAAAGAAAGAUUCAGGUCUAAGUUUGCUUGUUUAAUAACACGUAGAGCUGUACGAUAUUAGAAAAACAUGAUGGUGUGGUAUUAUUGUGGAAUAUUUCAGUGACGCUACCCUCUUUAAUCACAACUCGUCCUGAGCUUCAACUCUAAAAGCUGCUGUGUAUUAAAUGGAGGCAGUAAAGACAUAAUGUCCAUCCAAUGGCAAAACACAUCAUUGGCCAGCAGAGUUUAAACGCCUGUUAUAGUCAGUCCUGCCAUUUAAUACAAUGUGCAUUUCUAACAAAAUGCAGCAAAAGUUGUGCAAAAAUGGCAUUUUGUGUUGGCGUGGAGCUGAGACCACAGAGCAUCUACAUCCAAAGAAUUCAUUUAAAUCAAAUGAUAGUAGCAUUAAUGUGCAUAAAAGCCAUUGAAAAUACAGAUUUUUGCCCCCUUUUGAGGGUUUAGAUAUUGCUUUGUUUUCAUGCUUCUGUUUUCUUUAGUGUUUUGCAACGGGGUGAUAAUAUGUACCGUGAAAGUUCAAGUGCAACAAAUGAGUGCUACUGUGUUCUGUUUGUUCAAUAAAAUGUGCUGGUGUCCCGUC